AUGCUAGGGAGCAAGCGGUUGUUUAGGACUGAGCCGGUAUGUGACGUUCUGAGCGACUCCUGGAGAAGUGAAAGUAAAAUUUGUGUAAUGUACAUACUGGCAUGUUAAGAAGACUCCUGUUAAAUAGAGCUUCAGUUCUAAAACCAUCAGUAACUCCUACAAGCCGCCUGAACACGUCAGUUUCAGCUGAGCUGCUGUCAGUACUUCGAAGAAGAAAUCAAUCUGCUGUGACCGUAAUGUCCCGCAAACUGCAGGCACAGAGAACCCAGGGAGUCGACAAGAAUGUCUGGGUGGAGUUUACACGUGUUGCUGCUGAGUAUAAUGUGGUAAAUCUGGGUCAGGGAUUCCCUGAUUUCUCUCCUCCCAGCUUCAUCCUUGAGGCUUUCUGCAAUGCCAUUAACGGAGGCACACAGAUGCACCAGUACACGCGAGCCUUUGGACACCCACCUCUGGUUAAAAUCCUUGCCAAGUUCUUUGGAAGAAUUUUGGGCCAUGAAAUAGACCCCAUGGAGGAGAUCCUGGUUACUGUGGGAGCCUAUGGGGCUCUUUUCUGUGCGUUUCAAGCUCUGAUUGAUGAGGGUGAUGAAGUGAUCAUUAUUGAACCUUUCUUUGACUGCUAUGAAGCCAUGACUUUAAUGGCAGGAGGAAAACCUGUCUACAUCCCUCUAAAACCUAAAAAGAUCAGUGGUGAAGGUUUGUCCAGUGCUGAUUGGGUGCUGUGUCCUAAGGAACUGGCCAGUAAAUUUAACUCUCGUACGAAAGCUAUCAUCAUUAAUAAUCCCAACAAUCCCUUAGGCAAGGUUUUUCAGAAGGAAGAGUUGCAGUUGAUAGCUGACUUGUGUGUAAAGCAUGACGUUAUUUGUAUCAGUGAUGAGGUGUAUGAAUGGCUCACGUAUGACAGAACAAAACAUUUUAAAAUAGCGAGUUUUCCAGGCAUGUGGGAGCGCACUGUUACUAUUGGAAGUGCAGGAAAGACCUUCAGUGCUACAGGAUGGAAGGUGGGCUGGGCAAUAGGGUCUGCACACAUUUUGAAACACCUGCAAACCAUCCAUCAGAACUCUGUGUACCACUGUGCCACCGCUGCUCAGGAGGCUGUGGCAGUGGCUUUUCAAAGGGAGUAUGAUGAAUUUGGAACAGAGGAAAGCUACUUUAAACAGUUACCCACACAGCUUCAGGCUAAAAGAUCUAGGCUAGCUGAGUCCUUAAAGAGUGUCGGUCUGCAGCCCUUUGUGCCCGAGGGAGGCUACUUCAUGAUCACAGACAUCUCCAAUCUGAAGGUCGACCUCAAUGACCCGAGCACCUCAGAGGAACCUUAUGACUACAGAUUUGUCAAGUGGCUUAUUAAAGAAAAGGGCCUGGGAACGAUUCCUGUAUCAGCGUUUUACAGCCCAGAACACAGAGCAGAAUUCCAAAACUACAUUAGAUUCUGCUUUGUCAAGGAGGAUUCAACUCUGCAAGCAGCUGAAGAUAUUUUGAGAAAAUGGAAUGAAGAAAAAAAGUGAAUAAAACUGAUUAUGUAUAUAAUGAGUCUCACAUCUCACAAUAUAAAUCCAGCAGUGGUAGGGCUUGAACCAACAACCUUUUAAUUACUAGUCCUGUUGCUUAAUUGCUGACCUACCACUGUCCUAUGAUAUAUGAUUAAAUCAUAAACAUGCACUUUGUAGGUGUACUUACAAGUUAGGGGCACCUCAAAAGUGCCCAGUGUGAGUGUAUUUUUAUUUACACUAUACUGUUGAUCAUUUUUUAAUAUUUAAGUUAACACUGGUUAUAAUUUAUCAUCUCUACCUCUGAUUCACACAACACAACAGUUGAAUUUGAGUAUACCUCAUGAAUGAUACAUCACCCGAGUUAAUCAAACAGUGCAUUGUGCUUUAUGUCAUUAGUGUUCAGCUACAUGAUUUGUUUUACCUGCUCUACAUAUCACUAUGGUUAAUGUCAAAUGUUUUCAUACACUUGUUAGUGACAUGUAUUUUAUAACAUUCCUGGGGUUUCACUGAUUUCUGCAACCUUUCUGAAUACCAGAACCAAAACAAUUUGUAGCCCUAAUGCUGUAUUAGUGACAUAGGACUGGUUUGAUGGCACCUAUAGAAAAUUCUAUAUGAAACUGUGGUUUGCUGAGAGAGAGAAGAAAAGCAAAGCAUCACUGUCUAGAUGGUCAAAUGUAAUCAUGGUUCAAAUGAGCUUUAAAUCAACGUGGGCUUAGAGUAGCAAAAAACCAAGCCCCUGCUUUAAAUUUAGCACCUUAAAGCUUAUAUGAGGAUUGUAUUUGAGUACAGUGACAAUGAAAAAGCAAAAGCAGUGGCCUUUUUUCUUGCGUGGCAGCUUCUAAGUCAGUGUUUAUGUAAAGUUUGCUUGGUUGUGAACAGUGUCACCUAUGUCCCAGCAGCUUCUAAUUUGGCAGACCUGUUUUGGUGUUUUUUGGACUGUUUUAGGCAUUGGUAGGUGAACACAGUUUUAUGUACUAUUCAAUUUGCAUAGUCAAAAAAAAACAUACUAACUUAACCACCACCAUAUUAGUCAUCCAUGUUGCAUUAUGUCAAUUGUAGACUGAGAGGAUUUAAUGAUAAGAACCCACAUUUGAGAAAGGUUUUCAUUUACUCACAGAUUUGUCAAAAAAAAAUUGAAUUCCCCAAAUUGCUAUGUUAUACAUGACAUGUAUUAGUGUAUGUAAACGUUUGAUUUUCGAUGUGUGUAAUGUUUCAAACUGUUAAUUUCAUUAAUUAAGCAUCCAUAAUUUUGCCAUAGUCUAUUUUAUAGUUGAUUAUUUGUAUUAAAACACAAUUCUUUUUCAUACACUCCUAAAUAAAAAAAAAUGUGAAUGAAA